AUGGAAUUUCUCAACCUGGAAAACGGUCGUGUCCUGACACUUAAGUUGGGAGGUUUGACGACCUUGGGCAGAGGCCCGGACAGUGGUAUCUCCUCUCUCUCAGUCAGUCGGAACCACUGUACAAUAAUCUACGACUCAGAAAUUCCCGAUGCCAAAAGUAUCACCAGCAGAGACGAGGAUGCGCCCCAUGAAACACUUGGACAAGCGCACAAUGCCGUUCAUGUCCGGCUGACGGUAAUCCACCCCUCAGGCGCAGCUGUCAUACGCGGACCAUAUUCUCGUCGACUUGGCUUAGAACCCCUUUCGUUCCUGCCGGCAGAGUCCACGUGCCAGCUUUAUCCCGGUGACAGGAUCUACCUGGAACGGCGAGAUGCGCGCCUCGUCAGUGGCUUAGAACUGCGUGCGGCGGCCGCAGCUACCCAAGCAGAAGCAACCCACGGGUCGGUCGCGGCGGCGGCGGCAAAUCCCGUGGAUGACCACAGCGGCUCCUUCAGUGCGCAGCAGGGAAAAGCUGUAGCUGUAGUCUCGCCGGGGAAGUGGCCGCCGUCGCGUACGAGAAGCGCCUCGGCGCCUCCGCUGCCGUCGCCGUCGUCGACGAGGGCCGCGGCGGAAGGUAUCACCCAAGACGGCGGCGCCGGCGGCCCAGCAACGGAGCCGACGGCUGUAGCAAAAGCUGCAAACGCUGAGGUCUCCGCCGUCACCACCUCACCAGCAGUAGCAGCGGUCGACGCGCUACUGCGAGCCCGCGGCUCCUCCGUCGAGGCGCCGGUGGCGAGGGGGCCGUCCGGAUUGCCGCAGCCAAGACGUGUGCUGCCGUCAUCAUUCCGUCGGCACCAGCAGCAGCAUGCACAGGCAGUCGUACGCACAGGCGGCGCCGCUUCGGCUGUUGCUGCUGCCGCUACCGAGUUUGCUGCAAUAGCAACCGAUCCUGGAGUUUCAGGUAGUGCAGGGAUGGGUAGUUUAGGCAGGACCGGCGGCGGCAGAUGCGGGCGGGAGGGGACAAGCCCAGCCGCGAAGCGACAGCGGCGCCUUCUGUCGCCGCCGCCGCUGCCGCUGGCGACACUGGCGGCUGCACCUCAGUCGGCGGGGUCAGAUUGUCCAGCAAACGUCACCAGUGUUGCCGUCGCCAGUACGGCGACGCUAGCGGCUGUCGCCGGUGACGUACUCGCGGCUGCUGCUGCCGCACCGACCUCACGAUCAUCACAACCGGCACUUUCGGUGCUGCACCUGCGACAGCCGUCAUCGUCACCAGUGCCAUUGUCAGCAUUGGCGGCGGAACAGGCGGCGACGGCGGCCGCCGUGAAAAUUUAUGAUGAUAAAACCGGAUCAGACUCCGAAGGGGGACGUUCAUGUCGCCGCCAGCUGGCUCGACUACACUCGUCGGAGCCACCCUCCACACCGCCGGUCGGAAAGACGCCUAAUCGCCUGAUCGCAUUGGAAGGGCGUGCCGCCGGUGGCGGCGGCGGCGGCGGCGACGGCGGCAGUCGUAGUGGCGCCGCUGCCGUUCCGCCGCCGGUGCAGCCAGUAACCGUGGUUUCGGGGCGGAUGACACCAUCACCGGUGGCGGCUGUUUCCAAGGUGGACUUGUUGCGCGCACCUCCGGUCGGUGAUGUCUCGCAGAUGCAGACGUUGACGCCAGUGGUUUCGGCGCCAGAGGUUUCGGAGCGGCUGAUAAUACCCGAGGGCACGGUCGCAGCGGUUUCGGAGCGGCUGAUCACGCCUGAGGAGGACACAGAGCGACUUGUGAUGCCGGCGCCGGGAGUUCUUCUUGAGGCAGCGGCGAUUGUUGUGGAGAGCCGAAGUGACGGCGCUGACAGGGUCUCUGCCGUACUUGCGCAAUCAGCUGCUCCGAAAGCAACGCCGCCGCGGCAGCCGCCGCUACCGCCCGCCUUACCGUCGAGGCGUGGUACUGCCACUGCCACUGCCACUGGCGCUGGCGGUAGCCCUGCUACUGCUGCGCUGUCCUCAAAGCAUGAUACCGGCAAGAUUGGCGCCGUUGACGGUGGCGGAUCGGUUGGUGGUGGCGGCGGGAGAUCACGAGAAGUCGGCGGUGGCGGCGGCGGCAGUGACAAAAUCUUCAGCGGCUGUCGCUUCGUGUUUUGGGCGAGAUCUCAAUCGCGCGACCUGCUGGCCCAGGUGAAGCAGCAGGGUGGCCAGGAGCAGUACAGCCUGGGCCCUCGUACGACACACGUGGUGGCCAGGUACGACACGUCAGCGGAAGAGGCCUCUCGACUGCUGCGCAGCUCGGACCUGCAGUACGGCAACACAGCUGCUGCCGCCGCCGCCGCCGCGUCGACGACGUCGCCAUCCCCGUUCUUGCCUGUCGGGGUGCUAUUCGUCACACCGGAGUAUCUGCGAGAUUGCCUGGCUAAGCCGCAACUGCGAUUGCAGGUACGGCAGGACGCGCAGCGUAGGCAACGCCAACAACAGCAGCAACAGCAGCAGCACCUAGAUGCGGCCCGCAGCGACCCGACGGAAAGCCCAGGCGCCGCCGCCGCUGAUGCCACCUUCGCGGGAAUGGGUGUGGGGAUUGCCUCUGAGGCAGGAGGGAUGGCAGAGGGUGAGGGGGCUCGUGGUAACGCUGCUAUUCCUGCUGUUGCUGCUACUGCUGGUGGUGGCGGCAGUGGUGACGCUGUUGAGGUCCGGCAGGAGCGGAUUUUACCAAGUCCGGCCGAUAUCUGUGCAAGACCCGAGGACUGGGGCGUGGAGGGCAGAUGGAUUGAGCCGUGGGACCCGCAGGCGGCGUCUCGUACCUGCAUGCUACUGCUUCGUCAUUGGGCCAAGCCCUUCUGCAUCCUAGCUGAGCUCAAGCGCACUCGCGACCUGUACAUGGACCGCCGCGACCAGUUCCGUAUCAAAGCCAUCGACCGGGGAAUGGGGGUGCUGGCGCGUGUGAGCUGGCCGCUGGAGUCCCCCGACCAGCUGAGCCAGCUGCGGCUCGGCCGCGGCACGGCCGAGAAGGUGUCGGAGAUAUUGGCCACGGGGCGCUUCAGCCGCAACGACAUGUUUGAACAAGACGAGCAGCGCAUGACUAUGAUGAAGUUCAUGCAGGUUUGGGGGUGUGGUGAGAGCACCGCUCGCAGCUGGUGGGCAUCAGGGGCCAGGUCGUUAGACGAUGUACGGCAACGUACGGACCUUACAGUACGGCAGCGUCUAGGCCUGCGGCACUUUGACGAUUUCCAGCGCCGGAUCCCGCGUGCUGAAAUAACCCAGAUAGCAGCAGUUGUACGGCAAGUCACGAUUGAGACGCUGAGGCGCUCCCCUUCCACAGUUUGGGAUUCGGCUCUGACUCAGCUUCCCGAUGCCGACCUCCUGGAUCGACUUCACGUAAGGCCCAUGGGCAGCUACGUGCGGGGCCACACCUCCUCUGCUGACGUGGUGCAGGACUUCAUCAUUGCUCCGAGUCCUCAAGCUGACCCGCGGGUCGGUCCUUACGAGCUCCUGUUGGCCAUUGUGGAUCGGCUGAACGCCGACGGGUACCUGGAUCCCGAAUCGGCUUGCGUGGUUGAGACGCAACCAAACCGUGCUGCAGAGGAGGCGAUCGUGUGUUAUCGCGACAAGACCACUUCCGAAACCCUCACCGACCUGCCCCCAUCCGGGCUGUACAGCCGCAGCGACUCCAGCCAGAACCGCAGACCCGUGGGUCGCUACCGUCGGCGCCGGGAAAUGGCGGGGAGUCUGGGCGUGAGAGUGGCUCGGGAACCAGUGAUGAAACCCGAGAACGAAGACACGGUCACGGCCGUGGUUUGCAGCCGCCGCACGCAUAUCAUCACGGUGCAGCAGCGGGGGGUGGGGGUGGUGGUGGUGGUGGUGGUGGUGGUGGUCAUGAGUCCCGGGCGAGGCAUGUGGCGCAAUCCGAACUCCGGGUGCUACUGCCGUAUCGACAUCAAGUGCUACCGCCGCCGGCUACUGCCCUUCGCGGUCACCUACUUCGGCAGUGGCAUGGACUUUAAUCGAGCGCUAAGGUACUGGGCCAGUACACCGCUCCCCCAUGUACGACAGCUGGCUCAGUCCGUACACCCGCGGGCAGAGGCCUUCCGGCUGAGUGACAAGGGUCUGGAGGUUGUGGAGCGCAGAUGGGGCCGGGGGGGGGAACCAGCAGCCGGGGGCCGGGGUGCGGGUACCUCUGGGAGCGUAGCCAGGGAGGGUCUGGCGGAGUACGUCGUGGCUACGGUACCGUGCAGGUGUGAAACCGAUAUCUUCCAGGCACUGGGCUUAGAUUAUGUUCCUCUCCACAUGCGAGAUAUCACCCGUGUGAAUUAG